UGCUGCAGGUCAUGUGACCUGUGCUCUGGUUCUUAGAGCCGCUCUCAGUCAGUCAGGAGAGCUCAGGAACAUGGCUUCAUCCUUCCUCUGCUUCACCCUCCUCUUCAUCACCAUCCACACUGCAGAUGGUUUCAUGCAGUAUAUGGUGAGUCGCUGUGUGUUUAACUCCACUGAGCUGAAGGACAUCGAGUUCAUCCAAUCUUUCUACUACAACAAGAUGGAGGUCAACAGGUUCAGCAGCAGUGUGGGGAAGUUUGUUGGAUACACUGAGUUUGGAGUGAAGAAUGCAGAGUACUGGAACAAUGACCCUUCAAUCCUGAGUCAAGAGAGAGCUUCUAAGGAGACGUACUGCCAACGCAACAUUGGGAACUCGUACAGAAAUAUUCUGACUAAAUCAGCUGCUCCAUCAUUAUUGUCUCCACAGAAAUAUUUCCUUUGUUUUCAGCCCUACGUCAGACUUCGGUCCACGACGCCUCUCUCCAGCCACCAUCCUGCCAUGUUGGUCUGCAGCGUCUACGACUUCUACCCCAGUGAGAUCAAAGUGAGCUGGCUCAGAGAUGGACAGGAAAUCACCUCUGAUGUCACUUCCACUGAGGAGAUGGCAGAUGGUGAUUGGUACUACCAGGUCCACUCCCACCUGGAGUACACGCCCAGGUCUGGAGAGAAGAUCUCCUGUGUGGUGGAGCACGCCAGCCUGAAGGAACCUCUGAGAACUGACUGGGACCCGUCCAUGCCUGAGUCAGAGAGGAACAAGCUCGCCAUCGGAGCCUCAGGACUGAUCCUGGGUCUGAUCUUAUCUCUGGCUGGAUUCAUCUACUACAAGAGGAAGGCCCGAGGUCAUAUCCUGGUUCCCACUAACUGAUCCUGGUCCUGUUUGUGUCUGAUGGAAUAAGAAGCAGCUGCUUCCUGUGUUCAGCAGACUGAUGAUCUGUCUGAACCUGAUCCAGGACAUCCCAGUGAACACCACAACAACCAGCAGCAGUACUGAGAUGGUCCUGGAUCAGAUUUCAUGUGGACUCUGCUGUUUGAUGCUUUACUGUGUAACUGCUGAGUCCAUGUAAUCCAGAUCUCAGUGAUUUUGGUCUCUCUGCUUAUCUGAUUCACAUUUAUAGAUUUUUACUGGACGUCUUCAAACCAAAAUAAACAGAAACUCUCAGCUGAGUGUUUUACCUGCAUCAUCAUGUUAAUGUCACAGUGGAGCUCUUACUGAUGUCACAGAAACCAGUUUAUGGACCAGUUCAAACCAGUUUAAACACUGAGGGAUUUCCACUGUCCUGCAGGAUGAAUCAAAGUUCUCCUGG